UUCCAGACCUUGGUUUUCUGUGCACAUUUCUCAUCAGUAAUCUGUGGUAGUCAUAACAGCAGCCUGGAACCUGUAGAACAUGUUCAGUCUCAUCAAGCUGCCUCCCGUAUUCAACGUCCACCAAGUGCCUAAAGCCUUCCAGGAGGAGAGUAUUAUUUCUGGGUAUCGUCACCCUCGCAGCUCUGCUACUGACUGCAUCCUCAGCCUGUUUCAGCUCACCAACGAGACUCUCAAUGUCUGGACGCAUUUCUUACCCACAUGGUAUUUUCUGUACAAGCUGUUGACUGUAGUCUUUAUACAUGAUGUGUGGACUGAUGCAUACACGUGGCCACUGCUGGUGUACCUGUUGUCCUGCUGCGUGUACCCACUGGCAUCCAGCUGUGCUCACACGUUUAGCACCAUGUCCACACGUGCCCGGCACAUCUGCUACUUCUUUGACUAUGGAGCGCUCAGUCUAUACAGCUUGGGUUCAGCUAUUGCCUACUCUGCAUACGUUGUGCCAGAUGCGUGGGUGAACAGUGUGUUUCACGCGUAUUAUGUUCCUGUGGCUGUAACGAACACUGUGAUAUCCACUACCAUGGCUUGUUACUCCAGAUUUGCUGAAAGCAACAGACCCAGGUUUGGUAAAGUGCUGCGCAUUCUAGCCUUCUCUUACCCCUACCUGUUCGACAACAUUCCUCUUUUCUACAGGAUCUUCCUGUGUGUGGGAGAAGGCUGCACUGCAAAUGAAGUAAACCGUCUUCACGUUUAUCACAUACUCCUGGCUUUCCUCACAGGCUUUCUGUUUGCCACACAUCUUCCCGAGAGGCUGGCACCUGGACAUUUUGACCUAAUAGGCCACAGCCACCAGCUGUUCCAUGUGUGUGGGAUCAGUGGCACACACUUCCAGAUGCAGGCCAUAGAGAUGGACAUGGCUCUGAGACGGUCAUGGCUGCAUCACCACGCUCCUGCUAUGACCUUCAGAGGGACUCUGGGAGCCAUCAUGCUGUCCAGUGUCAUUAGCCUGGGCAUCAUCUGUUUCUUCAGUUAUCCUCUCUUUUACAACACAGCUCAGGGAAAAGCAAACAGAAAAGGUUCUAGAGCAUCCAAGAAGAACUGAAAGCACCAACCACAGUUCAGUGAAUUCUCACUGGAAGUCUGGCACCGAUCUACUGGAGGGUUACAAUAAUGCAUAAAAAUGCACAAGGGGUGAGGGAAAAGUGUUUCUGAGAAGUGAAGGAAUAAUCUAGCAUUAUUCAACCUAAUCUUAAUCUACUGUGCAUGUUUCUGAUCUGAGAAAAGAAUGGAAACCUGAUUACUCAAAACUUACUUAUAAUGGAAUUCUAGAGCAAGUUACUGAGUCCUGGUUUAUAAUAAAACCCAUAUUUUUGUAGAGCGCUUACAGGAAUUCGACAAAGAUCUCUCUAAAUCUGUAUCUCAGCCAUUACAUGUGGGAUUUAAUCUUAUUUUAAGAAUUUGUCAUCAAUACCUACAUUCGAGUGGCGAACAUGGACGUACCUCUGUGUCCUCGUGAUCAGAUAUGUUGGCCAGUGAACCUUUUGGAACCUUUGAUUAACAACAGAAAAAACUUCCUAGUAUAUUCAGCUUAAAGUCUUAACUGUUGAGUCUCCUAGAUUUACAUUUACAUUACAAUGCCCCAUAUUUUAGACAUGCAACAUUCAACUGCCCGUAGACUUUUAUUAUAAGUGAGUUGUAUAUAAUUUAUUAUUUAUUUUUAAUAUUUUGUUAUUAUUUGCUGUGCAAGUGUGUCAAAGAUCCGUUGUUUUGGAAUUGCACAUAGAUUACAAAUGUAGAAGAAGCUGAAGAUUAGGUUAAAUAUGUUGGAUUUUUCUUUAAAUCACGUAGUAUUAGAGAUAAUUUAUUAGAAUUAUGCAAAGUAUAAGUCAAAUGUGUGUGUGUGUGUGUGUGUGUGUGUGUGUGUGUGUGUGUGUGUGUGUGUGUGUGUGUGUGUGUGCGUGUGUGUGUGUGUACUCAUUUUGACAGGUGUUUGAUUGUAUGAUGCUGCUGAUCCUCUAAGGACU